UUCAAAACAAAAUAAAUUCGGAGCAGUUUUCUUCAUUUUUUCAUUGAUUUUCAUCAAAAUUCACGGAUUUUAGGACAUUUUUAACCAAAUUUAUCCUUAAUUCACCUUUUUUCGCUAAAAAUUCAUUAAAUUACUGCAAAUUUCUCACAAAAUCAGCUCACAAUGUCCGUAAUUCCCGAUGACGAAGUAAUGAUCUGCCCCUUUAACCCGCAUCACAUAAUUUUGCGCCAUCGAAUGCCUUAUCACAUCGUCAAAUGCAAGAAAAACUACACAGGACCCGAACUCGUCAUUUGUCACUUCAACGCUCUUCAUUGGGUUGCUCCUGACAAGAUGAAGGAACAUCUCGAGCAAUGCGAAGAUUAUCGGCGAGCCACAAUGGAACAAGAUCGCAAGAUUUUCGAUGAAGCCACGAAGGAAUGGCAAGAAAGACGAAGUCAGGCGUCACGUUUGAGCAACAGAGGAUCACAAUUUUGACGAAAUAUUGACGAAAAAUGAUGAUUUUUGUGAUGAAACGAUCUCAGGUUCCUUUUGAAAAAUUAUUUUUUGUUAAUUAAAUUAAGAUUUUCAUGAAUUUUUGUAUUUUUCGAUACAAAUUUGACAAUAAGAAAUUUAAAAAAAAAUAUUUUUUAUUUAUUUUUUAAUGAAAAAAAUCAGAAAAAGGCUCAAAAUAU